AUGUCACUCAUAGACCCCCUCCGCGUAACGACACGAACUCCAAUAUGGGUACAUCCACUACUCUGGCGCCUUGACCACCUAGACGCAUUUCACAUAUCCAUCUCUACUGCCAUCGUGGAGACCGCCGAGAAUCCCCGAAAGGAUGGAAGGCCCACCAUAGUGGGCCAUGGGUUCAUAGGAUCCCGAGAUCUCAGAUAUAUACUCCAGGAUAUCAAUCUCCUUGAAACUUAUUUGGCCUCAUUUAUCGCCCGUACAAUCAAUUCAUUCCAGAAAGCACUAAAACCUAGACCAUUCAGAUUCUAUUCACAAGAUCAACGCCCUAAGCCUCCAAGCCCGCUCUUCACAUUCUUAAACCAUGUUAUGCAGAUUCACCCCGAGCUGGUUAUACGUACUCGAAAAGGCUUCCCAUUCCUCAUAUACAAUUGCCCAGGGACCAUAUAUACUCUCCGCCAGAACUUUACAAACACCCGUGCGGGUACCGACAUUGAGUGGUUGCUAAAACAAACUGUGGUUAAACUCGACUUCAAACUCGAAGUUGUAGACCCGUAUAAUGUUGCUGCUGUGCUUGCUAUCGCUCAGGAACAGCAUUCUUGGUUUUGUAGGUCCAGCCUGACCCCUCCUAAGAUACUAAAGGUGCAUCUUAUCACGCCGCAUCCCACACUAGCCGCGGUAUAUUUCUACACUGCGGAAGUUCCGCUAUGGUACUUGCGGGCGUUGAUGGACCCCUACUUAAAAGUAGCUGGGAAAGUCCAGGUACUGAAAGAGCUUGUACAACUUCCGGUUCCUCCAGCUAGUGGCCAGGCAGUUAUAACAACAGGGCCUUUUCUGGAGAGCUCAAUCCUUAGGUAG